AUGCAUCGUUCAUUUGCAUUAUUCUCCUGUCGGCUUAUUAGACCUAUUGUAACCUUGUCUGGACCUUCACCUGUUUAUCUACCCCUGCGAUUCCAUAAUCUAAGAUCGAUGGCAACCAACGGCACCAACGGAGUCAAUGACUCACGCCCAAUCUUUUUCUUUGAUAUUGACAACUCUUGCAACAUCCACGAUGAGAUGCAGACACUGAUCAAUAGAUUUUUUGUCAAACAUCUUGACCUUAACUCGGAAGAUGCCCACAUGCUGCACCAGAAGUACUACAAGGAGUAUGGGCUAGCCAUUGAAGGCCUGACCCGUCACCACAAGAUCGACCCGCUUGCGUUCAACCGUGAGGUUGAUGAUGCUCUACCUCUUGACAAUAUCCUCAAGCCUGAUCCCAAGCUGCGCAAACUGUUGGAGAACCUGGAUACAACAAAGGUGAAGCCAUGGCUGCUCACGAACGCCUAUAUUACCCACGCAAAGCGCGUGGUGAAGCUACUUGGUAUCGAGGAUCUGUUCGAAGGCGUUACUUAUUGUGAUUAUGGAAAUUUACCCUUGGUCUGCAAACCUAGUCAGGAUAUGUACGCCAAAGCGGAAAAGGAAGCUGGUGCUCCGAGCACGGAUCAGUGUUAUUUUGUUGAUGAUUCCCACUUGAAUUGUGUACAUGCGCACGCUCGCGGAUGGACUACCGCUCAUCUUGUCGAACCGGGUAUUCCUAUACCACACAAGCCGGCUUCGAAGUACACGAUCUCUAGCCUCGAAGAACUUCAACUGCCUGAUGGACGGCAAGCAACAGUGCGUUUCAUUGGCACCACCCACUUUGCGGACGGACAGUGGAUAGGCCUUGAGCUAGAUGAGGCCACGGGCAAAAAUGAUGGCGCAGUACAAGGAGAACGGUAUUUUGAUUGCGAUCCAGGAUACGGCAUGUUCGUUCGCCCAACAGUGGUUGGUAAGAUUGUCCAGCCCGGGCCGGAGAGUAAACAAACCACCAAACCAUCCACCAGCGCUGCAGGUAGCAAAGCGCAACUUAAACCCGGAGUCUCCGCCGCUAUGCGAAAGCAAUCUGGGCUACCUCCGACAACAGCGAGGCGACAGAGUACCAAUGCGGCGUCCACUCCUACUUCGGCGCCGAAGGGUGUGGCCGCUCGAUCGUCUCUCCGAUCGCCAACAAAGUCCCCAACGAAACAGCUUGCGACGACUGCGAGUCAGGCUACUCGCCCGUCCAUCGGGGGUACUUCCCGUACCUCUACAGUGGCGUCCAAUCGACCUCGACUAGCUCCCAGCACCAGAAGCUCCCUAGGCCCUUCUCCUACACAAUCUGCAGCAUCUAGAGGCUCGAGACCCUCGGUGUCCGGACCAGCAUCCCGAACAUCAAGGCCAGGCUCCCAAAGUACCGUUGCUUCAUCAACAGCAGGAUUGACCAAGCGCCCUUCACUACGGCAGGUUGGCAACACAAAGGUAUCCGAUGGAGGAGACACGGGCAUAAGCGGGCAGUCCGGAGAUCCAACCGAUACUGAGUCGCCUGACACUGAAGGGGAGGGUGCACAAGAUGAAGCCACUGCGCCGAAGACCUCUCGACAAUCGAUGACAGCUACACGCACAGCGACCUCUCGUUCCGGAGCCCAACACUCCGCAUCUCAACGCCAAGGGCAGAGCGGUGCAGUCAAUCGCGAGCUUGAAGAACUCAAUACCAAACUCAGAGUCAUGGAAAAGAAACGAGCCGACGACAAAGAGAAGUUGAAGACCCUCGAGCAGCUCCAGACUGAGCGUGAUAAAUUCGAAACGAUCAUCCAAAAACUGCAAGCCAAGUAUCAACCGCAGCAACUGGAAGUCACUGAGCUGCGCAAAAGGCUAAAAGAACUUGAGACUCGCUCUGACAGCUUGGACCGUAUGCAGGCAGAACAUGAGUCGCUCAUGGAAAUGGCUACUCUUGACCGCGAAAUGGCAGAGGAGACAGCGGAAGCAUUCAAGCACGAGUGUUCAGAGCUACGAUCAAAGUUGGACGAGCUGAGCUUGGAGGUGGAGGUGCUCCGAGAGGAGAAUGAAGAAUACAGCCAGGAAACAACUCCUGAGGAUCGAACCACUCAUGGGUGGCUCCAGAUGGAGAAAACCAAUGAACGUCUCCGCGAGGCACUCAUUCGUUUGAGGGAUAUGACACAGCAGCAGGAGUCAGACCUCAAGGCCCAAAUCAAAGAAUUGGAAGAGGACCUCGAGGAGUACGCCGCUGUCAAAAGUGACUACGAGGCCGCAAAGGAGAGAAUCUUGGUCGCUGAGACCAAUGUCGACGAUCUUAAGCAGCAGCUAGAGACGGCACUGGGGGCCGAAGAAAUGAUUGAAGAACUAGCAGACAAGAACAUGCGCUACCAGGACGAGAUUAAUGAGCUGAAAGCUGCCAUCGAAGACUUGGAAUCUCUCAAAGAGAUAAGUGAUGAGAUGGAGUACACCCAUAUCGAAACUGAGAAGCAACUCCAAGAAGAACUUGAGUACCGAGAAGGUGUAUUCAACGAUCAAUGUCGAAAAAUUACACAACAGGAUGAAGUGAUCGAAGACCUUGAGUACACAUUAACUCGUUUCAGAGAUUUAGUGACAACCUUGCAGUGUGACUUGGACGAUAUGCGCACAACCAAGCAAGUGUCAGAGGCGGAGACAACCGAAAAUGCAAUGCGCCACCGCCAGAUGCAGGAUUUGAAUAUGAAACUACAGGCCAAUCAAUCGAAGGCCCUGACCAAAUCUAUCGAUGUCGAAUUGAACCGUAUGGAGUCUGAGGAAAAUGCACAGCACCUUUCAAUAGUCAAGCUCUAUCUUCCGGAGUAUUUUGAAGGCGAAAGGAAUUCCAUUCAAGCCUUGCUUCGAUUCAAGCGUGUCGGAUUUAAAGCCAAUGUCAUGAGCAGCACUCUACAAGACAAGGGAUCUGAGCACUCAGUAGUCUCCAACGAGGAACUUUUUCAAGCCCAUGUGGUUUUGGAAUACCUUAUGUGGAUCUCAAAUGUGUGUGAUCGGUUUGUGAACUACAUCACAACUUGCUCGCCCGAACAAUUUGGUAGCAUCAAGGUUGCAUUGUUCGAAAUGGAACCGGUUGAGCGCAUGUUGAACUUUUGGAUCGAGCCAAUGAAGAAAGAUGAAAUGAAUCUUGCAAAGCUUGCAGUGGAAUUGCAGCGGUCUAUUGCUCUCCUCGCACACCUUGCUGAGACCCUCCUUCCUUCCAGCUUAGAGAUGUUUGCCGAUGAUCUGUGUAUGCGGGCUCGUUUAUCUCAAUUAUACAUUGAGCAUUCGGCCGGUGCGGUUUCACGCGUUAAGCUCAUUAUCGGCUCCAAAAUGGCUGCGGCGGCAGAAGGCGACGAAGAAAAUGUGCUUUCCCUGGAUAAAUUGGACGCUUUUAUCCCCCAGGCCCGCGGAUACAAGGUCGCGAUGGGUAAGAUCAGCCGGUCACUUGAUGAUCUGCGUUCAAGAUCACUUGCACUUCCGAAAGAGGCCGACGAACCUUUCAAGAAAAUCGAAAGUGAGACCAGGCAACUUUCAGAGCUGGCCCGAAAACUUGGCGAAGACCUUGUUGUUCUCACAAGUGAUGAAGGUCGUACGGAACCCUUCAGCCCGGAGGAGAUUCUGGACUGCAUGUCUCAAGCUGCUAUGUCUUUUGCCCCAUCUUCCGAAACCCCGGGUGAAAGCAACGAUCCUGUUUCAUUGCUCUUUGCCAGAUUACGGGACAUAGGCGCCCAGUUUGAGGAGCUCGAUUCCAUCUCGUCAGAUUUGUCUCGCACAACAGAGUUUGAAAGAGCUGCAUUCCCCUGGAUUGCCCGUGCUGCGGAAUUGAAGUCCAACAAAAUGACAUCCCCUGAUGCAGACGAGGAGAUCCGUCAAUUGAGAAAUGAGAUUCACGAGGCAUCAGCCGCACUUGGAGUCAAGGACAAUACGCUUGAAGAGCAGGGUCUGAAGAUUGAGCACCUUGAAUCUAGGAUGCGAGAGGCAAGCAAAAAGGCUGCCAUGGUCAAAGAUCUCGAAGUCAAGAUCGAGAAAAUUGAGACAGCAGGGGUUGAGCUCGAAAAAAUUGUCGAGCAACAAAAGAAGGAGCUUCAGGCAGCUGAAGCAGAGCGAGAUGAGUUCAUGGCUCGUCUGGAGCGAAUGAAGCGCAUGUCUGGAACAACAGGUCUAACAGCCACGGGUAAUAGCGCUGUUAUUGCCAGUGAGGCCUCUCUAGCUGCAAUGGACGAGAACGAGUCUCUUCGUGCUGAGGUGGAAAGCCUCCAAGCAGCCGUGCGUUUCCUACGCGAGGAAAACCGCCGUUCUAACAUUCUUGACCCAUACUCCGUCCAGCGAUCCACUGAAAUGCACGCCUGGCUUGAUGCCCCACUCACGCGUGCCAAACCAACACCUGAACAAGAGAAGAUCCAACGCACCGCUCUCGAAAGUCGGGACGUCAUGACUCAUCUCCUCAAACUGACCAAAGAGUCCCGUGUCACCGAUCUCAAGUCCACGAUGGCUGCUCCUGCUAAUGACGAUAAUGACCACACCGGCCGCAUUGCCUGGCGCCCGUCCAAGACUCGCCUCCGUUACCAGGUACUCCAGCAACGCGAAAACUUCGAGCACUGGGCCGAAUGGCGCGAUGAAAUUGUGAAUCACGAACGUGAACAGGACCGUCUGGCCGCCGCUAAGCAGGAACGUGCACUGCGUGAUCGCGUCUCCCGACAUGCUCACAAGGCUUCCGUCGAAUUUCCUCAGGGCUUAGGUCAUGGCAUGAUGGGUCGUGCCUGGCAGAUUCUGGGCAUGCAAAAACACCGUAAAACCGGCUCCAUAAGCACACCUGCCCCGGACGGUGUAGAGGUAGUGACCGCUGACUGA